AAGAUGUCCAUGUACGAGCUGGACCGCUACUUCGCGGACCCGACAACAGCACGCUCAGCCCAGAACUUGGCGAAAGGAGCAAGGGAAGUGCUAGGCGAGGUGGACCCCUUCGCUCCGGGCGAGCGACCCAACCAGAUACAGGCGUUCCGCUCGUAUCAACAAGGUAUGAGCACCAUUAUCAGCACCUGUCCGGGGUGCGACCAGAAUUAUGGAUCGAGAAGAAGCUUGAUCGUCGCAGCCCGGAGGAUGCAUGACAGCGGUCCCAAAAGUGAGCGUUCAAUGGCCGUAGCGUACGUCCUGGCGAGCGAGAAUCUCGAGAGCUUCCUGGAACUGAUGCGUCGCUUGGACGAGCCAUUGAGACAAUUCACAGGGCCGGAGCAGGGCUCACCGCACGACAGAGCCAAAAUAGCGGGCGGCACCCCUCCUUCUGUCCACGAGGACCCUGCCGGCGUCGUGGCACGACCUGAGUGUCGCCCUGCGAAGUGGGGAGUGGCGACCAAGGUGUCGAGCGCCGUCGCUGAGGGCAGGGGCUCAUCCAGGGACAAUCCGCAAGAGCCGCGCGCGAACGUAUGGCCAUCGCUGGAAAGGGACGGAGGGUCUUCAUACCCCACCCGACCGAGCUCCCCACGGAUGCGCGCAUUUCACGAGCGGCUGCAACGCGGCACGAUUUGGAGCGACGAGUGUUCUACUUCUCGAGGGGGAAAAUCGCCGCCGCCGCCGCCGGCAUCCUUGUCCGCGCAGGCGACAGACGCGUCGCCCGUGAUUGAGGACUACUUGCGUCGCUGCAGCCCGCAGCUGGCCGGGGGGGGCGGUGUUACCUUUCGGCGAGCAAUCGCCAGUGAGCAAAAGCCGUCGUCAUCGGAGGAGUCCCCGUCCGAGAUAGAGGGCGUGAGCGCCUGUUCCGGGCGUAUUUCUCCGGUUGGAAGGGAGCAGCGGCCAGACCGCCGGCCGGCGACCGCGCGCUUCUCCUCCCGCGACCACUCCGCUUCGAGCCGCGGCAAUGGCGUUGCGACGCCGGGCCGUUAUUCGCCGGGCCGUUGGACCCCUCCGGGGAGCUCCGGCGACCAGGACUCCGACCCGUGGGCACAAGCCUGGUUCGCAGAGCACGGCAACGAAAACUGGGUCAGAGUGUUGGCGGAGGAGGAGCGCGGCACUCGUUUCCCCCCCAAUCGGAUGGAUAUAAGCGGCACCUUCGGCACGGACAUGGCCGUCACGUCUCCGGCCCAACUUUUCGACCGGUCCGGCGGCGACUUUGCCUUCAUCAGUCCAAGCAACGGGAGCAGCAGCAGCCGCCGCGCCCCCGGCUCGCCCUCCCCAAGAGGACCGGACUGGUGUCUCCACGACUACGACACCGCUACAGGUGGCGGCUUUCGUAGCCGACUCGUCGACCAGGAGGACGACGGUGCCUGGAGCGACGGGUCGGAGGAAGUGUUUCCAGAACCGGACCCGUCCGACCUUGCGGACGGCGGCCUGCCGUGCUUGUCCCGCCGCCCCCUCGGCGACUCGACCGCCGCUGCCCCCCAAGGAUGAUAUCGUUGUCAUCGCGGAACGUUAUGUGCGAGAGACCGGAGUGUCUGUUUUGUGCCGUGCGUUCCAGGGUGAUGAUGCUUGCGAAACGUCGUCAUCGCGGAAGGUUGUAUCCAGAAUCUAGAAAUGCUUGUUUCGUGUCGUGAGGUUCCAGAUUGUGACGCUUGCGAAACGUCAUCACGGAAGGCUGGAAAACCAAUAACUGGAUAAUUUUGUGCUAGGUUUGCUUGUGUCGUUUGCACUCCUCUUCCAUGGAAGCCUCGCAAUUGUCCCAAGACUACCGGAUAGUGGGCGAGGUGAAACCUCGCACCACUACCGGCGACCACAACGACUGAAACGAACCGGCGAGGUGAAACGUUACAAAGAGGAGAAAGGGGGGUGACGCCUGCUUACCCUGUGUUGUUUGAGUUGCCCUUGGCGUGUGGUUUAUUCCGAAUGCCUUCCUUAUGUGGAUCUUCGUCUGUCUACGUAACACCCUAGCACCGAGCGGGUGGGCAAGGUGCCGGACAGACCGCGCAGGUGCUAAGAUCCCGCCCAGAGUUGAUGUACGCCUCGCAACGAAACGGUUGAAGACGAAGACUACGUACUGUGGUAGGUGUUGGAAAUAUCUGAGUAAAAGCGCGGCUCCGGGGCGCUUGCCAAACGUUCCGCGGCGGCGAUCGAGGCAGACUUGGGUAGUGGCAAGAAGAGUUGGAUUGAUGCGAGGUUGUUCGGUGAGGAAUCUUUUGUCGGACUCUUGGUGAUGUGGAAAGACCCCCCCGGCCUCGACGCACAGUGCAAUCGGCGCGUCUUGCGUGUUGUGGUUGGCCUUACUUUGAUGCUUGCAUGCGGUGACAACCGCUGUGAAUUGUGGCUGUGAGUGUUGUUGCUUCCCAAAGAACGACAACGGGUGUGUACAACUGUGGGUGUGCCGUGUGUUGUACUUGUUCGGUGGAUUUUACACUAGCUGUUUGUGGCAGGCCUGCCAAGCAGCGGAACCAACUUUCAUGUCACGAACAGUAACUGCCUCGUUUGAUAAGCUAGCUAUUGUUUGGUUGGAUACCGCUUUCCCGAUACACUCUUGCAGGAGACAAAGCGGAAUAGAGCAGAGGAGCGGCGCUCAGUAAGUAUCUAGAUGUUUGCAGGAUUAUGUAGUUGUACUUUCGCCUUACCCCCAAAAUGGGUUGAUCUUACAAGCAGGGUGAAGUCUGGGAAUUGAUCCGACGCAAGGGAUGGAUGCUUGAUUGCUACGUCGAGAU